CGUCAUACGGGCCCAUCAAGAGCCCAACUGAGAAGAAGCAGAAGAACGCCUCCUGCUCCUCCUGGCUCCGUGGUCCGCAAUCACAAGCCCACCAAACUUCUGGGCCGCCUCGUCACACGUCAUCACCGGCUGCUGCUCCUCCUCCCUGGCCGCCGGUUGAUUGCUCCCGCCGUAGUAGUAACUAGUCGCCUCCAUAGCCGCCGGCACCUUCACCGUCACCGUCGCUGUUCGCGGCCCGUAGUAAACGCAGGGCUGCAGCUCCUUCUGCUGGGUUUGGUGGCGGCUGUGGACUUGGCCGGCGUAGAAGUGUUUGUCGAUCAGCGAGAACCCUUCUUCUCCGAUCAUCACAAGCCUGUCUCCUUGAGGUGCCAUGGAUUUGUGAGGUGGUUUGUUUUUUGUUCUGUUUGCUCUUUUGCUUUG